AUGAUGGGACCAAACGCUCACAGCUACUGUUUGCUGCGCGCACGGAAAAGUCUCCCCUACGUGCUGCGAACUAUUCACCAUUCACACUCGAAACACACCAGAGACAGUGGACGACGCCGGGUGGUGGUAACGGGGCUCGGUGUAGUAUCACCUGUCGGCUGCAAUGUGGAAGCGGCCUGGCAAACGAUCCUCUCCGGUCAGUCAAAAGUUGGUCGACUGGUGGGAGAAACGUACGACAAGCUUCCCUGCCGCGUAGCGGCCACAAUCGACACGAACGACAUCGAUCUGGAAAAGUGUUUCUCCAAAACCGAGCUCAAAACGAUGGCACGCGCUACCGCCUUUGCGUUGAUCGCUGCCAAGGAGGCUCUCUCGAGGGCUAGCUGGAUGCCGGGCGUGGAGGAUGAAACCGCCUGCCAGCGCACCGGUGUUGCCAUCGGUAUGGGCAUGGUAGAUCUGAUGGACAUUUGCGAGACGAACGAAGCGCUCAAGAAGGGAUACAACCGGGUGAGCCCAUUUUUUGUGCCCCGCAUCUUGCCCAACAUGCCGGCCGGGCAGCUCAGCAUCCGGUACGGGUUUCGCGGACCGAACCAUGCCGUUUCUACCGCCUGUGCUACGGGUGCCCAUGCCAUAGGCGAUGCGUUCCGCUUCAUUCAGCACGGCGAUGCGGACGUGAUGGUGUGUGGCGGUGCGGAAGCUUGCAUCAGUCCGCUCGGGAUUGCCGGAUUCUGUCGGCUGCGAGCGCUCAGCACGGCGUUCAACGACGAACCGACGGCAUCGUCCCGACCGUUCGACGAGCGUCGCGAUGGCUUUGUGAUGGGCGAGGGGUCGGCCAUUUUCGUGCUGGAAGAGCUGCAGCAUGCCCUGCGGCGAGGAGCACCAAUCUACGGCGAGAUACUCGGGUAUGGAUUGUCUGGCGAUGCGUCCCAUCUGACGGCACCGCGGGAGGAUGGGACGGGAGCGCUGUUGGCGAUGCAGCGAGCCCUUGCCGAUGGUGGCGUAACGGUUGCCGAUAUUGGGUACGUUAAUGCACACGCCACAUCGACCCCGAUCGGUGAUGCGAUAGAAGCCCGUGCGAUAAGGACACUUUUCGGAGAGCACACACGGUCGCUGGCGGUUUCGUCGACAAAGGGAGCCCAUGGUCAUUUGCUCGGUGCGGCCGGCAACUUGGAAGCGCUGUUCGUCGUGAUGGCCUGCAGGCAUGGUCUGCUUCCACCCACCGUCAAUCUGCAGAACGUAACGGACGAUAUGGCCGGGCUGCAUUACGUGGCGAACAGCUCCGAACCAUGGGAGGGGAAGCACCGUCGGCGGGUGGCUUUGAAAAACUCGUUCGGUUUUGGUGGCACCAACGCUUGUCUCUGCAUUGGUGAAUACAGCGAAUAAACGGUGAACGUUA